GAAAACACUCGUCUUCUUACUACGCGGCCUUUAUUUCCCCCGAUGCGAAUAGCUCGACUUAACCAUAAUUAAAGCACUGUUUUCUUUUGACUGCUGCAUUUAGAAAUGCACUCCGCUUUCGCAUUUAGAAGACGUGCCCAAUCUGCUGCAAUGAUCAGAGCCUGCCUGACGCCGCAGUGAUGGACGUGCUGACGCUCGGCGGGAGAGCGGUGUGCGCAUGCGCGGCGCUGACAGCCGCACUCUACCUGAUCCGCAGAGUGUGUUUAACAAUGGCCUGGAAAUCCGGAGGAGCGAGCCAUGCGGAGCUCGUCAACAACCUCCGCAAAAAUGGGAUCAUUAAAUCGGACCGCGUAUAUGAAGUUAUGUUGGCCACAGACCGUGCCCACUUCUCCAAAUGUAAUCCAUACAUGGACUCGCCACAAUCUAUAGGUUACCAAGCAACAAUCAGUGCACCGCAUAUGCACGCGUAUGCUCUAGAGCUCCUCCAUGAUCAUCUGUAUGAAGGAGCAAAGGCUCUGGAUGUGGGAUCAGGCUCCGGGAUCCUGUCCGUCUGCUUCGCCAGAAUGGUUGGGCCGAAGGGGAAGGUGAUUGGCAUUGAUCAUAUGAAGGAGCUUGUGGAGGAUUCCAUAACUAAUGUAAAGAAAGAUGACCCUAGUUUGAUCUCUUUAUAUCCAUUCAUCGUUGGAGAUGGAAGAAUGGGCUAUGCAGAAGAAGCACCUUAUGAUGCCAUACAUGUUGGAGCUGCAGCUCCCACAGUGCCACAAGCAUUGUUGGACCAGCUAAAGCCAGGUGGGCGUCUGAUUCUGCCGGUCGGGCCAGCAGGAGGGAACCAGAUGCUGGAGCAGUAUGACAAAUUGGAGGAUGGCAGUACCAAAAUGAAGCCACUGAUGGGCGUGAUUUACGUGCCUUUAACAGACAAAGACAAGCAGUGGUCAAGGUGGAAGUGACUUCCUGUCCUCUGUCCCCUCUCUCUCCUAGGGCACAGGGAUGAACUUUGAAAGGAUGAUCUGGCAAUACUCAUUGCACCAUAUGCGCACACACACGCACGCACGCACACACACACACACACACACACAUACACAUAUACAUCCAAAUGGACUUCACUGAGUAGAGCUUGUAUAAAUGCUCUAUUUCCAUACCUGUGACAGUCUGAUGGUUGUGAAAGACAGAUGUAUUGAUCAGAUUAUUUUAUUUAAAAAGGAAAAAAGUGGAAUAGGGCUUUGUGCUGAGAUUUUCAUGCCUGCAGUUUGAGAAUUGUGUGAAUGCAGUUUUUUUUGGGGGGGGGGGGCGGUUUAUGCGCAGGUGCAUUUUUCUUGUGAUGACUUCAGUAUUACAGUCAAUUGGAUUGUUCAUGCAUCUCAGCGUAAUGUAAACAGAACACGGGGGUCGGCCUUUGUGCUGAAUCCACCCUGUGAUUAAAUCAUAAUUCACUGCUACGUAAUGUGUAGGGAUGUCUUUGCACAACAAAUCCGUGUUAAUAGUAAUGGCUUGUGUUUUCAGCUGAAGCAUGUGAUGCCCAGGCAGAAUAAACUACUUUACAUUUGAUAAUUCCAUCAUAGGAUUCUAAAGUACCACAGUAAGCCACAAGAGGGCAUGUGUUAUAAAGCAAUAAGCCCCAAGAAGCCAUGGUUUACAGUGAAUUUAUAACAGCUAAGGGGCGUUGUU